ACACACACACACACACACACACACACACACACACACACACACACACACACACACACACACACAUUCAGAGAACUUUCUGUUGCGCACACACAUGCUGACACGCAGGCAGGCACACCCCCUCCCAUUAUCUGUGCGGCGAGCAAUUCUGCUCAUAUUGGUGUGAGCAGCGAGGGGCUGUAUUUGGCUCCCCAGCAGCAGCAGCAGCAGCAGCAGCAGCAGCAGCAGCAGCAGCAGCAGCAGCAGGACGGGUCCAGAGGAAAGCAGUCAUCACCAGAGAUCACACACCAGCUUCUACAACUGAAGCGUGUGCCAGUGGGACAGCCAUGGAGGACACCCUCACCUGCAGCCAUGCCACCUUCUCCCAGGUGUUUGGACGCCAGGGACAGCUCAUGCACGCCACGGUGCAGUCUCUCAACAGCCUGAACGACCAGAUUGCUCAGUUCAUGGUGACCAGACCCUACAGCCUGGCUCAUGAGGACGAGUCCUUCAUGCCGGGAGAGAGGGACACCUUGAGGAAGUCCAUGACUCUGAUGAGACACCUGCUAAUGGACGCUCAGGGGAAAAUUCUUAAAAUGAUGGAAGACAACAAACAUCUGGCUCAGAGGAUUGAUGGGGCUAUCCAGUCCGCCAGUCAGGAAGUGACCAACCUCCGCUCUGAGCUCUCCGCCACCAGCCGCAGACUGGCCGAACUGGGUGCCAGCAGCCCCCCCGCUUUAGAAAACCAUCACCAGUACAACCACCACGAUGACAGCCUCCAUUACCGGGAUCCAUCGAUGCACCACAGACAGAAGACGGUGGUGAGGGACAUGUGCUACCCGACAGAGAUAUCCAGCCUGAUGGACUUUGGCACCCCGGACUGCUCGCUAGGCAAAGUGUUGUUGCGUGAGGAGGUGGUCCAGCUUCAAGAGGAGGUCCACCUGCUAAGGCAGAUGAAGGACAUGUUGAGUAAGGACCUGGAGGAGACCCAAGGAGGCUGCUCCGCCAACCUGCUCUCAGCCACCGAGCUGCGCGUGCAGCUGGGGGACAGGGAGCAGGAGCUGGACCGCGCCAAGGAGGCCCUACAAGCUAUGAAAGGUGAUCGGAAGCGUCUAAAAGUGGAGAAGUCAGACUUGAUGAGUCAGAUGCAGCAGCUGUACACAACACUGGAGAGCAGAGAAGAACAGCUGCGAGAAUUCAUACGCAACUACGACCAACAUCGAAAGGAGAGUGAUGACGCAGUGAAAGUCCUGGCAAAGGAGAAGGACAUGCUGGAGAGGGAGAAGUGGGACCUGAGGAGGCAGACCAAAGAAGCCACGGAGCAGGCCAACAUCUUGCGCUCUCAGAUGGACAUGAAGGAGAACAGGGUCAAAGAACUGGAGGCCGAGCUGACCAUGGCAAAGCAGUCUCUGGCAACGUUGACGAAAGACGUACCUAAGCGCCACUCGGUUGCCAUCCCUAUGGAGCCGGUGGUGAACGGCAGUCAGGAGUGGGUGAUGCAGGCCGACCUGCCGCUCACGGCCGCCAUUCGGCAGAGUCAACAGACCCUCUACCACGGACACAGCACUGACAGACAGGCUGUGGUCAGGAUCAGCCCCUGCCACUCUCGCCAGCCCUCUGUCAUCUCCGACGCCUCGGCAGCCGAUGGAGACCGCUCGUCGACGCCCAGCGACAUCAAUUCACCUCGGCACCGGACGCACUCCCUCUGCAAUUCCAUGGAGGAUCUGGAGGACCAGAAGCGUAAGAAGAAGAAGGAGAAGAUGACUCUGGGAUCUCUGUCGCGGGUUUUCGCUCGAGGCAAGCAGCGCAAGUCACUGGAACCCGGCCUGUUUGAUGACUCUGACAGCCUCACACAGCAGAGCCUGUCUGACGGAGAGGAGCAGCUGGAUCGCCUCCAGCAGGCCGAGCUCACCAGAAGCACAUGCAUGUCGCAGUGGAGGGCAGGUGCAGUGCAGGCCUGGCUGGAGGUUGUCAUGGGGAUGCCCAUGUACAUCCGAGCCUGCUCUGAAAACGUCAAAAGUGGCAAGGUGCUGCUAGGCCUGACAGAUGAGGACUUGGAGCUGGGUCUGGGUAUCGGUAACCCAAUUCAUCGCAGAAAACUGAGGCUGGCCAUUGAGGACUACAGGAGAGCUGAAGGAGACCAAGGGCUAUCCAAAGCGUCUGAGUUGGACCAUCACUGGGUUGCCACAUCGUGGCUGAAUGAUGUGGGGUUGCCUCAGUACUCGCAGACCUUUCAGACCCAUCUGGUGGACGGCCGGGUGCUGAACUCUCUGAGCCGCAGAGACCUGGAGAGAUUACUCAACAUCAGUGACCAGUUCCACCUGACCAGUCUCCUCCUGGCUAUCCAGCUCUUGCAGAUACUCAACUUUGAUAAAGAGGCCCUGCAGGCACAGCGGGCAAAAUGUGAGGACCAAGACCGAGAGCCCAUUGUUUGGACGAGUCACAGAGUAAUGAAGUGGAUCAGAGACAUAGACCUCAAGGAGUUUGCAGACAAUCUUCAGGGUAAAGGGAUUCAUGGAGCUGUGAUGGUUCUGGACCCGUCCUUUGACUCAAACGCCAUGGCAAAAGCUAUUGGGAUCCCCAGCAACAAGCACAUGCUGCAUCGGCACCUGUACGAAGAGAUGAAAUCCCUCGCUGUCCCUAACAGCAGUGCAGAGCAGGGCACUGAAGUGAUCACUUCUUCCUCACCUGUGGCUGUAAAGAGCUUUGCUGAGGAGAGGGUGUCGAUGAGAAGAUCAGGCAAGAGUCCGCUGAGGUUACGUGCUAGCAGCCAAUCUGUGGAGCGCGGUCUGGGCUUCCACGGUGGCUGCGGCUCCCCGCCCCGAGAGGCCCGGGUCCAGGCCGUCCCGCGGGCCAGAGGCAGCCCCAUGCACACCUUCAAGAGUGUAGAAAUCACCAACGUGUGAUCAGCCAUCCAGAUUGCUCACACUGUUACCAUUGUUGACAUUGUUAUUGUAUUAUAGUUGUUUUCUACUGAGAGUGACCUACACUCGGCAUCGUUGGACUUUAAAGAUGAAGUCUUAAAAGGGAUGUACCCCUUAAUAAUUCCAAUAUAUUAUUAUUUUGUCCAAUAUAAAAGCAAAACUUGAAUAGAAACAAAGAUCAUUUUGACCUGAUAAUUGUAAAUAUAAGGAAGAGGGAGAUAAUUUAGUUUGUUAGAUUUCCAACUAAAUGUCCGGAUGAGUUUCUUAUGACAAGUUUAUAGAAGGCUGUUGUGACCUGGCUCAAAAGGCCACAACAAAGAGGAGACACACCAUAUCAACGGUUUAACAAAAUAUGUUUAUUAAAGCAAGUGGUUCAAAUUAGCCAAAUGAAUUAAGUGCAAAGCAAGUAAAGCAUGAGGUGUGGAUGUCAGUGGUAUCAGUAAUGUAAAUUCAGGGUGAGGAUUGCAUGGACAUGUAUGAGUGUUGAAGUGCACGAAGUGAAUCAAAUGAAGAAACUCAUAGCAUACCCAACCGAAACCGGGUGCCUGUAGGAGAAAGCAGAGGGCAAACAGAGAGGAGCAGAGGCUUUAAAUAGCUGCAGGGCACCAGACCCAGGUGCCCUGAGUUACUGCAAUCAAGGCAAUCAAGACAGCACAGCCACACCCUCUCUAGAUGAACCCACAGGGGCAUCACAAAGGCUUACAUUUUGAUAACCUCCAAAAAUAGCUGAAAACAGUGUUGUUCUUCUUUGAUGCCUUAUACAAACAGGUCUCACAGCACUGUUGUGUCCUGCUCUAACUACUUCUUACAUUAAAUUAAAAAUAAUACGUGAGAUGUAGGAAAAAAAGUCAUAACACAUUUUACGGUAGAGAUACAUAUCCUCUGUUAUUCUUUUGAGGAGACAUGAACUGUGUGCACUGUGCAGUCAGAAGCCCUACACUGAGGCGUUAUCUGUAAUCAUAAAUGUUAUUAAUACUGCAACAAAUAGUAGUCCAUUUUUUAUAUUUUGGAAAGUUAAAACUGGUAAAAAUCCAUAUUUUUCUUACAGUUACAAUAUGAUUUCAUUUAAUUAAAGAACAGCUUUUCUUUUGGUUUUCAUUGAAUGUAAAUGUUUUGAAAUUUGUAUUGAAAGAACAUCCCACAGUAUAGAUGAAACACACUGUUGAAUGUUGAGUUAUGAAGGUGAUAAUGUGUAAAGAUUUAAGCAAUUGAUACAUGUUUAUACUGUAUAAGCAGUAAGCACGGAAGAAAGGGAAUUCUGUGACUUAUAUUAUAAAGUAAAUAGAGAGAAUGUAAUGGUAUAUUUUGUAAGGUUUAAUCAUGUUUUACAACACACAGUAACGUUUCUUCCUGAGCAUGAAAACUCACGUGUGAGAUAUACAAAUAGAAAACAGGUUUUCUGUGACUUUCUGGGCAACUGGUUUAUUAACCAAGGGCAAACUUGUAUAAGCGGGAAUAUUAGACCAGUUCAAACCUGUAUGGAAACAGAAGGAAAGUCAAAUGGUGUUUGCUAUGAUGUUUAUCUUCCCCAGCUGUCAGAGAUUUCAUGUACAUCGACAUUAAAGCUGAAAUGAUGGUCAACUUAUC